GACGCUGCAGCGUCGAACGGUCAGAAGAAUUCUAAUACAGGCAAGAUGGCGACUUCGGAGCCGCGAGGAACUGAAAAUGAAGAAGCCCGUGCUGAAAGUCCUACCGCUGCUGUAACAAUUCCUGAACAGUACAUCAAACACCCUUUGCAAAACAGAUGGGCUCUGUGGUAUUUCAAAAAUGACAAGAGCAAAAGUUGGACAGAAAAUCUACGUCUCAUCUCCAAGUUUGACACAGUGGAAGAUUUCUGGGCAUUAUACAAUCACAUACAGCAGCCCAGUAAACUUGGAUUUGGUUGUGACUACUGCUUAUUUAAGGAUGGUAUCAAACCCAUGUGGGAGGAUGACAGGAAUAAACUGGGAGGAAGGUGGUUAAUGACCCUCGGCAAACAGCAACGACACAAUGACCUUGACCGCUACUGGAUGGAGACUCUGUUGUGUUUAAUCGGCGAAUCCUUUGAUGAGGCCAGUGAAGAUGUGUGUGGAGCUGUGGUCAAUGUCAGACCAAAGGGCGAUAAAAUAUCCAUCUGGACGGGCAACUGCCAAAACAAGGAUGCUAUCAUGACAAUAGGGCAACAAUACAAAGAGCGUUUGAACAUCCCCAUCAAAAUCCUUAUUGGAUACCAGUCACAUGACGACACCUCUAGCAAAAGUGGCUCUACAACAAAGAAUAUGUACUCAGUUUGAAGAAGACUAAUUUCAGCUUAUUGUAGGUUUAUAAAAUUACAAAUUUGCAUCACAUUAAUACUGUUGAGUUGUCAACUACUGUAGUGUCCUUCCUUUUUAAAAAAUGGAAAGAAAAAAAAAAACAUUAAUUAUGUACCUUUAGUGCUCUCCAGCCUAAAAUGAUCAGCACUGUUAUCGUGUGGAUCAGGGAACGUCAAAUUGUUUAGACCUGAGAGAGGACUGCAUCAGUUAAAGCUAUACAAGUUGAGCUAGAUGUUACUGAUAUAAUUUUAGAAUCGGAAAGAUUAAAGGACUAAUCAAGAGUCAAGACUUGCCUAUCUUAAGAGGUUCUAAGGCUUAGAUGAGAAGAGAUGCUAUUCUUUGCUUUAACCUUUCUUUCUCUCAUGCGUCAUGUUAUGACAAGUGUUGCUCACCAUCAGACGAACAAAAACAAAUCAACAACUUAAAUGUUAAGGGUUUAAGUUUUAACACACUUUGGUUGGAGGUGUUUGGCAUGAGAAGUGAUUGCAGAGGCACCUGCAGACUGUUUAUCUUAAAGGUUUGUAAAGGAUUACCUUUGGUUGCGCUCGCUCCAGGUGUGGAAUUUGGACGAGUGGUCAUUUAUUGUUUCAGCUAUGCUGAAAUUGUGGAAUCUUGCUUGUUGACCUAUCUUGAACAGCUGUGUUUCUCUCCUCCCGCUUCAUCUAUUUAUGAUAUAUGCAUAGCAGUUGAACGACACAGUGAGAGGAAGGCCGUGAAAUUCAAGCUUCUAUUUUCUUUUUUUUCUUUUUUCUUUUCACUCAGUUAUGUUUUUAGAUUCUUAGCAAUGUGGACUACUGCUUCAACUUUUGUUUGUUUUUGCGUGAAUAUAUAUAUAUAUAUAUAUAUAUUUUUUACAGUGUAUUUAGUGAAUGCUUGGACAUCCAUGCUUUUUAGGUUUGCUACCACCUUUUUCCUCAUAUUGACACUGUAGACAUUUUCUAGUUUGCCCCACUCUUUGGAUCAGUGAUUCACUGUGAAUUUAUUUUGCUCAUAAUGUAUCUUUAUUAUCUGUAAUUCCAGGAUGUAUAUUACCAUCUUUCAAAGUAAAGGUUAUGUGCUUUGCAUUAACAUUUGAAUGUUUUUGCCCAUUUUUUUAAUCCUCGACUCUUACACCAGAGUUCAUUAUUAAAAGAGGUCAUGAAUAGGCCCACAAGACUUUUCAGGCACAGAUUCACAGAACUCUACAGAAAGCUUCAUAGAUUUCUGUAGAAUCGGAAUGCAAGUCAUUCAUAAAUUGCUUGUUUAUUAAAUAUUUGGCUAAUGUGAUGUGUUUUCUGUUUCCAAUAAAUAUAUAAUGUAUUCUCA